AAUUGUAAAAUUCAAAAAGCCUUUAGCGCAUUCUGUCAACGUGAAUUCUCAUAAGCCGCGAUGGAAAUAAUUCAUCCUUAUUCAUAAACACCGAUCACAUUGUUUGAGAAAUUCGUCCCUACUUUUGUAAAAGAGAAUUGUAUAAUAGUGAGCGUUAUAAAUAUUCAUAAAUAAUAGUAAAAUAAUGUUUUUUAAGUGAGUAAAAAUAUAAUUGUUAACAUACAGAACAAAGUGCAUAAGUUAAAGUUCAAAAAACAAAAUGGAUCCUUUUACACAGGUACAAAUUCAUGUUGAAGAAAAAGAUAUUGACCGUGAACAAAGUCGCCUCAAAUUAGUAACGGAGGAACCUACUGCUAAAAUACGCGAUUCCUCACGUAGCCGGUUGCAACGCCUUGGAGCUCUUUAUGCGAAUCCCCACGACCUUUCAUCGCCAAUACAUCGAACAGAGGAGCAGUUCUGUGCGGAUUCACCUAUUAAAGAAGUUUUCGAAAACAGUGAAAAAAAAGUUAAACAACGUUACGGUAAAUUAGCUGAACUGGCUUGCUCCAUCAAUCAAUGGGAGGAUGAUGUUUCUCAUCACGACCCACGUCCUGUCAGUGCAGUACCACCUCCCAAACCAGCUUUACCAAGUAGAAAAGUUUCCGGUAUACCGCCAAAAAAGCCAGCCUUGCCAAGUAGGAACACUCUAGGUGAAACGCUUACCAAAGUUAAAGUUCCCACGCAACUGUCUCCGGUGUCAAGUGAAGGAGCCGACAAACAGUCAAUUGAUGAUAUAGAACAACUAAAGUCAACCAAUACCAAACAAUUGACAUGUGAUCUCCAAGUGAUGAAUUCAUUGGAAGCACAAGGGUUUGAACGACGUGAGUCAUCAAUCCUAAAACCUGCAUACGAAUACACAGAAGUGGAUGAAAAACAGGCGAUGGAGGAGCUAGAUAAUGAGUUGAAAGUUGAUGAAAAUAAACCCCAAGUAGUGAAUUUGGCUAGUAGAUUUUCGAAGGCUGUAGAAGAAAAAAGUAGUGCAGCCCAUCCUCUUAAGAUGAUAAAUGUUAAGGCUGGCUUAGUAUCCGGACGAGCGGCUGCUUUUGAGCAGAAAACAAGUAACACUCAGCAAUUAUAUCGUCAACAGAAAGAUCCAACAGAAUUGUCGCUAAAGGAGCGUAUGCAAUUAUUCGAAAGAAACAAAGGGGGCGCACUUAUGCCAAAAGCUGCUCUCGGUAUGGCACCAAGUAUAAGUAAAAUUCGACAGGGAGAAGCUGCAUUGGGCAAAGAAUUAGGUACAAAAGUAGCUACUGCGGCCCUCGCGUGCAACAAUGUCAGCUCAUCAUCUUUAUUACCCAGAAAGCCAAAUGGCGAAAAUCCAUUGCGAGAAAAAGUGGCGGCACUUGUAGCGAGUACGUCAACAAUGGCUGAAAGCAAACUUAAAACCGAAGUACAAAAACAACGACAAGAAGAUGUGCAAGUUCGUGCAUAUCGUUUCAACAAACAAAAAGAAGUACGCGACGAAAAUGAGGAGCAAAGUGUACAGUCGGAAACUCUGCAAACGCAGUCUAACGUGGUAUCUAGCACAAAACAUAUAACAUCGGCGCCAAGACAUCCACACACACCACCACCGCCUCCACCAAAACCCAAAAUCAUAUUGGACGGGACAAAAAAACGUCAUUCACCUAGCGAUAUUCUUGAUGAUGAUGAAAGCAAGCGUUCGCGUAAAUCUGUAACAGCUGCAUCUCUGCGAAAUCAAAUGUAUCCCGCACUAUCAGAUUUGGAAUCUGAUUCAGAUCGGGACAAUGAUUGCACGACGGCGACUAUACACGUGCACAGUGUCGCAGAGGAGCACACACGCAUGCUUGCAGUAACUGCUGAAACUGACCGUCCUGAUAGUGAUUUUGUUGAACAGCAUCAACAACAACAACAUAGUAAUAUUGACGAUGAAAGUUAUAUGGAUUCAGAGGAAGCAGACGGCAGCAGUAUAACCAUUUGCAAUGGUAAUUUGGAUCGUGUGAUAAAGCAGGUGGUACAAAAGAAUCACCGCCAACAGCAACAAGACCAGCAACCGAAACCAGUAAAGGAGGUACGCAAUGCUGAUAAGAAAGAAUUUUAUGGCUGCACUGAUAGCUCAGUAUAUUCCUCUGAAGCGUCAGGAGGGGUUGAUGACUUCUUGGAUGAGGCUUUAGAAGAGUGCGGCGAUGAUGAUAGUACGACGAAGGAAAGCGCUGAUGACGUGUCGAGAGAAAGUAAAGCCACAACAUCCUGCAAUAGCUUCUUUUUUUGCAAAACACCAAAAAAAUACACCAGCUAUCAAACUAUAUCAGAGGAAAAUGAUGAGUCGGCAUCGAGUUCAAAAGCAGCUACUUGCAAUUCGCAACCUGGGAAACCUGUGCUGAGUGUUACUCGUGGGAAUGACGACAAUACGGUCACUUUGGUGCACACUAUCAGCUUUUACAGACGGCAACAGGGCGACAAUAGUGCCAACUCGACUCCAGUGCGUACGGUGUCGCAUGAGCGGAAGGUAUUACGCUCCGAAAUCGCCAGCGCUGCGUGUGAAGCUAUGCAAAUCGACUAUUCCAAGCAGCAAAAGCUGCACGACCAAAACAUCACACAUAAUGAAACGUACGUGGUUGAUGGCAAUCCAUCCGAAGAAACUGAGUCAGAAGAUAGCUAUUUAGUGCAGGAAAAGAUUAAAAAGCUUCUAGAUGAAGUCGGCAAACAGCAGACGAUAAUUGCACAAGCCAGCCAAGCACUGAACUUGUGCGCGGCCACUAUAGAAUUUUCCGGUUCGACAGAAUCGGUCGAGGGCGAGCGACAUUUGCUUGUAGCAACACAUCGCCGUGAAGCCUAUUUAGCCGAAGUACAACGCCUGCGCGUAGAGAAGUGCUUGAGGCCAUUAGGUGCGUUGCGCGACAAGGGCCGUCUCACUGUUAAGGAGAUAACCAUACCACUGCGUGAAGAUUACAUACGCAAACUGGCUGGCGAUACCAUCGCUGGUCAUCAUUUGGUUUGUUUACUUAAAUGCGAUGAAAAUGUUUUGGCGACGAAAACGAUGCCUACACUCCCCGGUCUGCUAGCAGUGAAAUUCCCAGAUAUAUUGCAAAUGGAUAACGUGCACGCCGAUUUUAAGAUUACUCUCGAGAUCUACGGGAUGACCGCCCAACGUGAAGUCCUACCUCACGAGGUGAAAUAUCAUAUAAAUCGAAAUAAAAAGUCCGCUAUCAAAACACCUAAAAAGAAGGGCAGCGAAAAUCAUUUAGUUAUGCCACUCGUUCAAAGUCCAGCUGGGCCGAACGCCGUUCGUACUCCUGCUUUGGUGCAGUAUGGUUGUAUCACUUUUUCCCUACACGAGAUACAUCGCACGUCUUGGACACUAACCCAGGUUCUCGGCUUUAGUCCAUUGGAAGGUAUGCUACACAUGAAAGCCAACUGUCAAUUAGCUUUUUUGGUAGAGCAUCGCGGCUUUCUCACCAUGUUCGAAGAAAUUUCUGGAUUUGGUGCGUGGCAUCGUCGUUGGUGUUAUUUAAAUGGGAGCAUACUUAAUUAUUGGAAGUAUCCCGAUGAUGAGAGUAAGAAAGCGCCUAUCGGCUCGCUUGAUCUGUACGCCUGUCGUACGCGAAGAGUAACCAUUGCGCCUCGUGAUAUAUGUGCGCGUCGCAACACUAUGUUGCUUGAGUUUGUGCGACCCGUGAAAGAAACUGAUGUGGAGUCGCUUACUAUUGUGCCAAAUGACGGCAAUACCAUUGUACGACAGCUUCUCUCAGCUGAUACGCAAGAGGAAUGUGUGCUAUGGUGCGCAUACUUCAAUAAAGUCCUAUUACUUCUGCAGUCCUCCGCAAAAAAAGCUUAGAUCCCACUAUCGUCGCAAAUAGCACAAUCUGCGCCGGUUUUGUCAUUGUAGAUCUGUACACAACUGAUAACUUCCCACAAUCAUUUUAUGAGCGGUCUAAAUUAUGUAUCAUCGCAGGUUGUGGCAAUUUUUCUCGGUGCAUAUCGGCCAAAAUACAACUGCGACGAUAAUCGCUACAACACGGUCAUACUAUCGUGCUUGAUGUAAUGAAUUAAGUCAUUUAUUUUUGUUGCUUUGGAAAUUAAAAACCCCGACACCCAUUUUCGAAAAGCUAGCCCGGUGUGCCAGUGUUUGGCUUAUACCCUUCGCUAUUUGUCUAUUGGUGAUAACCGCAAAAGCCUCUCAGCUUUUUUUCGCAUUGAUCCAAACACAAUGCUCAGUAUCUCGAUAUAUAUUCAUACAUAUAUUGUAUCAAAUGCAAAACGUUUUCGUUUUGCACCGUGCCUAAGAUGCCAUCAACACAUCAUUUACAUAUAUAAAAAUAUAUAUUUUAUUAUAAGUUGACGUCGGAUAUAAUGAACGCACUUCAGACUGUGGCAUUUUAAUUCUUUAUUAUGACAAAUAAAUGGGCCAAAACCAGUUCGUAAAGUUAACUUACCAUCUGUGUUGGUGGAAGACGAUAGAUUUAUAAUGCAAAUUAACUUGCUAAAACCAGGUCAAAGUAUUUUCACUUAUAUUAUAUAACAUCGGGAGCAAGGCGAAUAGUUGAAAAUGCUUUUUUUUUAUUAUGGUGAGGCGAUUCGAAGAACUCUUCUCUCGUCCACUUUUUAGUAAUAAAAAAUCCCAAUUAAAAGCAGCAGAUCGAUCGCUUUAAUGAAACGUAAAUGAUCCCUCAACCGUUGAAAAAGCAACAGAAAAAAUUCCAAGUUUUUACUUGUACAACGAAUCAAAGGCUGUGAACCAAUGAAUUGUCUUGGUUGUAUAAAGUAUUAUAAUAUAUAUGUAUACAAAUUUAAAUUAAUGUUUAGAUAUUAUUUGUACGUUUAUUUACUUUCUAAAUAAGCUAGAAAAUGCAUCGAACUCAAAAUUAAUUAAAAAUAUACAUAAUACAUAAAACUUUCUCUA